UCGGGGCCUGCGGGAGCCGCGCGGGCUGCUCCGUUCGCGUGUGUCACCCGAAGCGAGGGGUUGUUUUCGCGGCCUCUCCCUCCCUGCUGCUUUUGCAAGAGAAGCGGGAAGAUGGUGAAUGUUCUGAAAGGCGUUCUGAUUGAGUGUGACCCAGCAAUGAAGCAGUUUCUGCUCUACUUGGAUGAGUCAAAUGCUUUGGGAAAGAAGUUCAUCAUACAAGACCUGGAUGAAACUCAUGUCUUUGUGUUAGCUGAAUUGGUUAACUUUCUCCAGGAGAGAGUGGGCGAGCUGAUGGACCAGAACUCAUUUCCUAUUACUCAGAAGUGAAAAGACAAGAGAAAUGGGCUUACUGGAAGUUUUGAAACUGAAUUUCAAUAGCAUGGGUUGUUCUAAUAGAUAACACUGUGAUUUGUAAGUUCUACAUAGAAGUGGCUACUCUGAGAAAUGUAUCAUUUUCAUAGACAAAAUACUUUGGAAAUGGAUUUUGUUUCUUAUUUUGAAAGAUUAGAGUAUCUUUAUUAAAAUUCUUAAAUUUCUACACUUGGUGACUUGCCUAAAGAAUUUUUGAUGCAUGCUCUCUGUUUUUCCUUUAGGAUUUUUAUCUUGCAAAAUGGUAUGACCCAAAAGUUAGUGUUUGUGCUUUGAAAUGCUAUAUACACUUCUCCGACAUGUUUCUGUGGAAUUGUUUGACUCUGAUUAUAGUGUGACUAAUAGAAAGUAAAGAAUGUCUGGUAAAGUAUGAUCUGUGCUUGUUGGAACAUCUCUGUAAGUUGAAGGCAUGGUCAAAUACUGCUUUAACCUAAUGGGUUUAAUACCCCAGAAUGAAAGUUCAUGUGACUGUUUCAUUGUCGUGUUUCUGUUUUGUUUUCCAAAAAUUUAACAAAUGCCCCAUACUACUUGCCUACUUUUACCAAAUCACAAAUUAAAGGAGUCAGAGAAAUGGGAGACCAAUCCUAUAUGUAUAAUUGCUUUGGCCACAAUAAGCUAUGUAAUCAGGAAGAAGGAGAUUCACAUGCUCUACCUGCAAAGAGGAAAGCUGGUUUGGGAUUUUUUUUUUUGAGUGUUGUGUUUUUUCCUCCAGCUUAACUCUUCUUCCUCUAUUGCUUUUUGCUGCAAAGGAAAAGCUUCAUAGUUUCAUACUUUUUUGUUUUGUUUUUUUUUUGAUUUGUUUUGGUUUUUAGUUUUUACACUGUAUUUGUAACUAGCUCAGACACUGGCUUAUUUGUAAGUGAGCUAGUGCAUGAUGAUGGAACCUGUGAAGAUUCCUGUUUGCAGGUCAGGCACAUACGGAUUACAGAAACAAGAAGAAUAAUAUGUGUUACUUUUGCUCUUAUUCUACUUCCUACUCAAAACAGUAGAAAUUAUUGGAUCUAUAAGUAAUCAUUGACAAAGGACUCCUGGGAUAUUACAUCAAAUGGAAGCUUGGUUUUGAGAGCCCCUCAUGUACAUCAGAUAGGCGCCACCUUUGUAUCUUUGGGGAAAAAAUAAGUAUAAAUUGAAAAGCUUUUGUAAGGAACAGUUUUCCUUGCUGACUCUUCCAGUGCUGCUUGUUUUUCUUGUCCAGGAGCUAUCACAUUAGUUGGUGGGUUUGUUUUUGUUGUUUGUUUGGGUUGUUUUUGGGGGGGGGGGGGGGGGAGGGGAGUGUUUUGGUUUGUUUUUUCUCCCCUCAGGAAUAGGGAAGCUUCAGGGGAAAGUUUCACUAGAUAUUUUUAAUCAAAAAGCUGUCCAAAGAAAGUUCUAUAGAAUUGCAUAUAUUCAGGCUCACAUGGAUGAGCCGAUAGACCUGUAGAAUUUAGCUUCAUGUAAUUUCUGUUUCCUUUCUUUGGAAUCCUAGGUUAUUUUCCAUCCAGAUUUUGCUGAAAGGUAAAUCAUCCCUUGCUCUCUCUUCAAAUGACAGCAUUUGAAAAGUCAUAUGUGGAAUUCCACCUCUUAAGCUUCUCUAUAUUUAGCGUGUCUAGUGCUCCAUUUCUGUUGUGAUUUCCCUUUUAAGUCUAUAAUAAGGUUCUUGCAGUUCUUGUUUUUUUCUCCUGGUUAAUUGUACCAGCUUUGCUGUUGCAUUACCUGUGUUUUCACUUAAAUUUACAAUUGAUAAAUGGCUUAUGUAAUGCAGAGGGAUAGAAAUUCCAAACUGUAAAGCAUGCAUUCUUAUACUCUGCUUGUAAGAUUUUUUUUCUUAUUUGAGCAAACAAUUUUAUGGACUUUUAACUUCUAAACGUGUGAAUAAUUUAAUCCUUCCUGCAACCUAACAAGGCCUAACUGAUUCUAUGCUGUAAGAAUAAACAAAUGAUGUAAAGAAGCAAA